AUGUCAGCGUGGUGCCAGGCGCUCGCUGGCUCUGAGCGGUCCGACCCGCAGGGACCGGCACCAGAGCAAGCGGCCUCCAUGACUGGACUGCAGCGUAGGCUGAUCAGAGGUGCCGUCUCUCUGACCGGACUCUACCUGGUGUACGGUUACGGUGCCGCGCUCCUCUGCAAUCUGAUUGGCUUCGUCUAUCCAGCUUAUUAUUCAAUCAAAGCCAUCGAAAGUCCGUGCAAAGAAGACGACACAAAAUGGCUGACAUACUGGGUGGUGUACGGCGUCUUCAGCCUGGGCGAGUUCUUCUCUGACAUUUUCCUCUACUGGUUCCCAUUUUACUAUGCCUUCAAGUGUCUAUUCCUGUUGUGGUGCAUGGCCCCUGUCUCGUGGAACGGCUCCCAGAUCCUUUACAACAAAGUAGUUCGGCCUGUUUUCCUCCGCCAUGAGGCUACGGUGGACAACAUGGUCAGCGACAUCAGCGGGAAGGCCAUGAGCGCCGCCGAGAACUUCACCAGAGAAGUCCUGUCCACUCUGGUGAAGAACAAAGCUCUGGUGAAACCAGCUCCGCCGAUCUCUCAGUCUGAAACUAAGAGUUUGCCAAGUUCAUCUGGAAAAACAUCGGCAGCUACAGCUGCUCCAUCGCAGCUGAGCGAAAAAGGAAAAACACCUUUCCUUGGUUAAUGUUCGUCUGUCCGGUAGCA